CAAAAUGGUAAGUGCUUUUUCAAUUGGCAAAGCGUAACGAUGUAAUUAUCAGUUUUAACUAAUUCAGCCACUCAACCCAGAAGUGAAACACCUGGCCCAGGGGCUUACUAACCAAUGAAGAAACAGAAGAUGACACCUCCAUCUUUCAAGUAAUUUUUGCCUGUUAAAGUAGAUUUGGAUCUGGCAAUAGAAGUGGCCUUCUAAGAGUAUUUGCACCAGGACCUGGAGCUUACGAGCAUCCUUCAAGAGUAACCAAAGAAGGACCAAAGUAUUCCUUUGGUCUUAAAAAACCAACAAUUUUAGGAAAAUAGGGACCAGGACCAGGUAAAUAUAAAGCAUUCAUUUUUCUCAGGUGCUUACAAUCCUAAUUACCGAACAAUGGUGAAGGCUCUUCCUAAUUAUUCAAUGGGAGCCAAACUAUCCUCAACCUAUUCUACAUUAUAACCAGGACCUGGAGCUUACGAAAAUCCGUCCACCGUAGUAGGAGUUCCUUGCAUGAAGUAAUCGUAGUUUCAGUUUAAGAUUUCCCAACUCUAAGCGCGAUGGAUUUUAUGACUUGACUCGUACACCAGGACCUGGAUCAUAUCUAAAGAGACCAAAUAGUGCUGGUCCAUAAUAUAAAUUUGGGACAGCAUCAAGAGGAGCGUUUUCAGAAAUAAAGAAUCCUGGUCCAGGAGAAUAUGAAGCAAGAAGCGAGUUUAAUGUUUCACAAAAAGGGUUUUCGAUGCUUUCUAGAAGAAAUUAAACUCAGUAGGAAUAUGUGCCAGGACCUGGAACAUACAAUUGGGAUAAGAAACAAAAGUUGCGACCUCCUUCCUAUAAAAUAGGAAAUGAGACUAGAGAUGGCUUGAAUCGAGAAUUGCUCAGAACUCCAGGACCAGGAACUUAUGAAUCUAGAUAUGAAUUUGCAAGGCCAAAAUCAGCAUAAGUUCGUAUUGGUAGUGCUACUCGUAGGCCAUUGAGUGACACAAGAGAUAUCCCAGGACCAGGAACUUAUGAUUUGAACACUAAAAUAGGAGAGGGUCCCAAACAUUAGAUUUUGGGAAGUAAGUACGAACCUACUACUACUUUGAAUCAGCCUGGUCCAGGUGCAUAUAAUCCCAACGAUGGACCAAGUAAACAGCGUCCUGCUUCAGCAAAAAUUGGUACAGGUCAAAGAGCCGAAUUGAAUGCUGGUUUUGGGAAGGAUGCUCCAGGUAAGAUUGCUUAUUCAAAUUUGUAGGGCCUGGAAAUUAUAAUUUGAGAGGAUCCUCUGAUGGGCCCAAGUGGGGAUUCGGAACAGCAUUAAGACCGAAUCUAAAUUAAACAGAUUAGAGUGUGCCAGGACCAGGGAACUACACUCUCAAGCCAACUUUUGCAGAUGUGCCAUCAUAUCUAUUGAAUAAAUGA